AUGGCUACACUUCCUAUACACCACAUGGCUCGUUUGUCAGAGGAUGAUUCUUGGUCCUUGUUUAAACGACGCGCAUUCGGCAACGAAAGGAGAGAGGAAAACCUUCAAUUGGGUCUCAUUGGGAAGGAAAUAGUGAAAAAAUGCAAAGGGUUACCCUUAGCAAUAAAGGCUUUGGGAAGCCUCAUGCAAUUUAAAAGAAGUGAAAGUGAAUGGUUGUCUGUGAAGGACAGUGAGAUUUGGGAUUUGCCAGAUGAUGGAAGUAAUAUUUUACCUGCUUUGAGGUUGAGCUAUGAAGCCUUACCUCCACAUUUGAGGCAAUGUUUUACUUAUUGUUGUAUAUUCCCCAAAGACUAUAGAAUGGAGAACAGCAUGCUGAUAGAGUUGUGGAUGGCAAAUGAUUUUAUUCCAUCUAAAGGACAAAUGAGGUUACAUGAUAUGGGCCAUGACAUUUUCAGGGACUUGGUUUCGAGGUCAUUCUUCCAAGAUGUAAAAGAGUCCAAUAGUGGAACAAUAUUUUGUAAAAUGCACGAUCUUAUGCAUGAUCUUGCACAAUCUAUUAUGAGAUAUGAAUGCUCUAUUAUGGAGCCUCACGAGGGCAUGAAAAUUCGAGAUAAAAUUCGUCACUUGUCUUUUAAUAUUGUUGGUUUUGGAGAGACGGUUCCUUGGAAUGAGAUUGUAUUUGAAGUCCCAUCUUUGCGGUCUGUCUUAAUAUUCGAGUCUUUCAUUCCAAAUUCCAAGGACAAUAUUGCUUCACCUUGCAUUUCAAAACAAAAGUAUCUUAGAGUGUUGGAUUUUGGUAGAAAUGUUGAUGAGAAGUUGUCAAUGUCAAUUUCCAAUUUUAGCCAUCUUAGGUACCUGGACAUGUCAUGCUCUAAUAUAGAAAUUCUGCCAGAAUCAAUAAGUAAUCUCCAAAGCCUGCAGACAUUGAAGCUAGAACAUUGCCGACGACUUCGUAAGUUGCCCAAACGCAUGAAGCACAUGAGAAAUCUCACUUACUUGGACAUCACAGGGUGUGAUUCUCUUACUUCUAUGCCUGACCAAAUGGGACAAUUAACUUGCCUACAAAGACUAAGCAUGUUCCUUGUGGGCCAAGAUGAGGGUUACCAAGUUGGUGAGCUGAAAGAAUUAAAUCUCGGGGGUACAUUGAGCAUAAAGAGACUUGAGAACGUAAGAAAUUCAGAAGAGGCCAAGAAGGCCAAUUUGAAGGGGAAACAUGAUCUUAUUUCUCAAUGUAAAAAAAUUCUUGUUGAAAAUGGAUAG